AUGAAUUAAGACAACAAUCUAUAAAAUUAGGAAACUCAAGAAGAAUUGUCGAAUAAAGCCAAAGAUCAUUUUGAAAAAUCUUAAACCUUACAUUAAAAUCAAGUGUUGGAUGAUGCUCUUAAUGAAGUUAAUGAGGCCCUCAAAAUAAAUUCCAACUAUUCAGAAGCCUUAAAUUUAAAAGCUGAGAUCUUAGUAAAAAAAGGAGAUACGAAAUAAGCAUUAGAAGAAGUAAAUAAAGCUAUCUAACUGAAUCCUCAACUGAAGGAAGCAUAUUAUAACAGAGCUCUUAUCUUCAGGAAGAAUAAAGCUUACAAUUUGGCUCUCAAUGAUGCUGAAAUGUAUUAUCAACUUGAUCCUUAGUCAACUAAAACUAUUAACUUUAAGGGCAUAAUUAUGAAGGAAUCAGGAAGUUAAUAAGAAGCUCUUGCUGUAUUUUAGAAAACCAUAGAGUUAGAUUAAAUGAAUUAUCCUGCACACUAUUAAAGCGGUUUGAUUCUCCGUGCUCUAAAAAAGGAGGAGGAUGCUUUGUUAGAAUUCAAUAAAGCAAUUGAGAUAAGGCCAACUUCCAGCGAUGCCUAUUUUGAAAGGGCAGAACUAUUAACAGAUAUGAAUAAGAAAGAAGAAGCAUUGGUAGAUUACAACAAAACAAUUGAACUUGAUCCGAAAAAAGCUUAAACUUAUGAGUGCAGAGGAAUACUUCUGAAAUAAUUGGAGAAAUACGAAGAGGCACUUUCAGAUUAUAAUAUGGCCAUUAAGUUAAAUCCAAAAGUUUAUAAAUGGUUUUACUUCUAAGGAUUGCUUUUUAAGGUUUUGAAUGAAAAAGAAAAGGCCCUUGAAGAGUACAAUUAAGCUAUUUCGGUUAACCCUAAAUUUGCAAAAGCCUACAAAAACAGAGCCAUCCUUUAUAAAGAAAUUGAUUAAAAUGAUAAAGCCUUAAGUGACUACACUAAAAUCUUAGAAUUGAAUCCAAAAGAUGAAAAAAUUUACUAAUUCAGAGGUAAGAAAUUGGUUUUAAUAAAAGGUAAUUUACUAAAAUAGCUCGGAUAGAAUGAAUUAGCUCUUUAAGAUUAUACGAAAACGAUUGAAAUUAAUCCUAACGAUACCGAGAAUUACGUUAGACGAGCUACUUUGUAUAAACAGUUAGGCUAGAAUGAUUUAGCAACGAAAGAUUAUGAUAAAAUUUUGGAGAUUGAACCAAAAAAUUCGAAUGUCUAUUAUAAAAAAGCCCUUUUCUUGGAAGAAUUAUAAUAGAAUGAACUUGCCAUUACCCUUUUGAAUUAGGCUAUCUAAUUAAAUCCAUAAGAUGCGAAUUUGUAUCUCAAAAGAGGCGAUCUUAAUAAAUUGACUAAUCAACUUGAUAUGGCUGUGAAUGAUUAUUCAAAAGCUAUUGAAAUCAACCCAAAUAAUGAAGUUGCGUUAUUGAAUAGAGCAUUGCUUUUCAAGUAAUUGAACUAAACGGAAAGAGCAUUUUAAGAUUUUCAUAGAAUCUUAGAGAUUAAUCAUAACCAUCUAAAUGCAUAUCAUCAUCGAGGAAAUUUGUACAAAGAACUAAACUAAGAUGAAUUAGCCCUUCAAGAUUUUAAUAAGAUAAUUUAAAUAGAUCCAAAAAUUGUGAUCGUUUAUUAUAAUCGGGCAAAAAUUUAUUAAAAAUAAUAAAAGAAUGAUUUAGCACUUCAAGAUUUGAAUGUAGCAGUUGAACUUGACCCAAAAAUCACAUAUACUCUUGUUGAAAGAGGGAUCUUAUAUUAUAAUAUGAACGAAAAAGAUAAGGCAUUAAAUGAUUAUAACAAGGCUAUUGAAAUAAAUCCACGAUGUUAUGAUGCUCAUGUUAACUUAGGCAAUUUACUGAAAUCUUUGGAUUAAAACUAAUAGGCUCUUGACUCUUACAAUAAAGCUGCAGAAUUAGAUCAAAAUAAUUAUUUGGCUUAUCAUAAUAGAGCUAUUUUAUGGAAUAAAUUGAAUGAAAAAGAGAAAGCACUUGCCGAUUUUGAUAAAGCGAUUUUAUUAAAUCCUAAAAGUGCGGUUUCAUAUUCUUCAAGAGCUUCCUUGCUAUCAGAUAUGAAUUAGAAGGAUAGAGCUAUAGAUGACUUCACCAAAUCUUUACAAAUCAAUCCAAAAUAAAGGAUACAGUUUAUAUUUUUAGGAAAUUUACAUAAAUAAAAACAAUAAAUUUCUUAGGCAAUCUAAGAUUACACGGAAGCUAUUAAUAUCAAUCCAAAUUAAGCUGAUUAUUAUGUCAGUCGAGGCAACAUUUUACAAGAUCCAGCCAAGGAGCAUGAGAAGGCCUUAUAAGAUUAUAAUAAAGCAAUUGAAAUUGCUCCAAAUUCAUUUAUUUCAUAUUAUUAGAGAGCAUUGCUUUAUAGAUCCAUCGAUAAAAUCGAGCUUGCUAUUGCUGAUUGCAAUAAAUCGAUUGAAAUAAAUCCAAAAAAUGAACUUCCUUAUAUUGUUAAGGGUAAUUUUGAUUUGCUUAUUCUAGGUUUAAUAUUCAAAGAAUUGAAUAAGCCAUAGGAUGCAAUAGCAGAAUACAAUAAGGCUUUGAUUAUAAAUCCAACUUGUACAAGUGCACUCUUGAAAAGAGGGGACGCCUACGAUCUAAUGAAAAAUCACUAAGAAGCUUUAAAUGAUUUUACUAAGGUGAUAGAAAUAAUUCCAAACGAAUCUGGAGGUUAUUCUAGUAGAGCCCCUCUAUUGAUGAAAUUGGCUUAAAAGGAAGAAGCUUUACAAGAUUAUAAUAAAGCAAUAGAAGUUAAUCCUGGAGAAGCGGCCAAUUAUUAUAACAGAGCUAUCUACUACAAUCAAGUUUAAUAGAAAGAAUUGGCACUUUAAGAUUACAAUAAAACCAUCGAACUAAAUUCUAACAGCUAUUUAGCCUACAAUAACAGAGCCCUUUUACUUUAGAGCAUUGGUAGGAAAGACGAAGCUCUAUAAGAUGUAUUAAAUGCAAAUAGACUUUGUCCUGAUAAUCCUUUAUUUUUGGCCAACUUAGGAGAUAGAUAUUAUUCAGAUCAAUAAUUUGAAAAAGCAACUCAUUAUUAUAAAUAAGCAUAAUUUUAUAUAGACACUCUCUCAACCACAAGAAUUAGUCAAAUGAGAUUAACUUAAGGAAAUUUGAACUUCAUUAAAACAAAAGUAAAAUUAAUCACCUAGAUCGAAAAUGAAAUUUAAAAAAUGAAAUAAUAAAUAGCCUAAUUGCCUAAAACAAGCUAAAAUAACGAAUAAAUAUAAGAGUACUUAGAAAAAGUAACAUGUAUUGAAAGAUCUGUAUCUUAUUCUGUUCAACCAAUCAAUCAAGAUCAGUAAGCUGAUACACAACAAAUGAUGAUAUCAUAUUUUUAAUAGAUGGAGAAAUAAUUAAAAGAACUUUAAGCCAAAGUAAGCUCAUAGGAUUAAGUUAUUAAUUAAUUGGUUUAAUAAGAUUCAUUUAAAAUUGAACAGGAAAUGAAGGAAAUAAAAUAAAAUAAAAAUAAACAUCAAUUAACCUAUUUCAGAUCUUUGUUUUGGCAUUUGUAUUAUUAUUUACAUGCUAUGUCUGAGAUCUCUACAAACUUGUUCUAAGUGAAUACUAAUGCCAUGAUAGAAAGUACAUCUGAAAAAGUAAUGAAUGUUGUCAAAAAAGCAUUUAAUGUAGGAGCAAAAGUCUUAGAAACAGUACAUAUAGCUGAACAUGCAUUUCAUAUUAUCAAUGAGGCAUUGAAUUUUGUGGUGGAUCAUAAAAGAGAGGAAAAGUUUAAGAAAAGAUUAAUGCUAUUAACUAACAUAUUGAAACUGUUUGCUAUUACUCCUUCAGAGUUAGAAAGAGAAGUCUAAUUUACUGCCAUUGAAUUAAGUCGAGCUUAGUAACCUGGAUUAAAAGAGAUACCAAGUUCAAAAUUCAUAGAAUUUAUUAAGAAAUUAUCAGAUGAAGAAAAUAUUUCAGAGGAGAGCAGCAAAGACGUAUAUUGGAAAAAAGGAAUUGAAGAUACUUUGAUUAUUUUAAAAUAUUUAGAGAAGAGUAAUCAGAAAAUUAUAAAAGAGGAUCAAAACAAAAAAUUAAGAGAAGUAUUUUUGGAUGCUAUUAAACAAAAUAUAAUUGAUCAAAGCAAUAAAAAACAAAAAGAUAAAUCGCAAAAAGAUUCAAAAUAAAAGAAGCCUAAAAAGGACAAUUAAGAGUAAUGUAAUAUUUAAUGA